GCUGCUGGAGCUGAUUCCCGAGGCGAAACAAAUGUUCUCCAUGACGCGCCGAGCCAAGGAGCCGCACCGCGAGAACAAGCUGCUGCAGGCGCAUGCCACCACGGCCAUGCGCAUGGUGUGUGCAGCAGCAGUGAAGCUGGACAAGCACAAGGAGGUUCGGUCUUUGAAGACGACUCUAGCCGACCUCGGUUCUCGACACCUACUUUUUGGCGUCACAAGCGAACACGCCCCGAAGCUAAGAGCUGCCUUUGUGGCUGUGCUCUCAGAUGCCAUGGGGGAGGAGUGGGGAGGAGAUGUGGAGCAAGCCUGGGUGGCUGCUUACAAUGCCAUAGAGUAUAUGUUCCUUGUUGGAUUCCUUGGUCUGCAAGAGUAG